AUGAAGCUCAGUGCUCUGGCUGAAGGCUGCUUUCCUGAGCUCCCCCAGCUCUUCCCUGAGGCAGACAUCCACAGCUACAUGGUGAGCUACAGCCGGUGUCCUGACUGCUCCAACUAUACCUCUGUAGAAGACCAUAUGGUCCCAUUGUGCUGCAGUAGUAUCCCCUAGUGUAAAUCUGUGAAGGUGUCCAGUAUUAUUAUUUCAGUGUGUUCCUAAUUACUAUGUUAUUUUCACACGUGUAUUAUUAUUAGCCCGGCACCUACAUCUUUCACAGACGUGCGUAUGAUGACAACAACCAUUUAUACUAGUGUGUGACAGUAAAGGGGUGUGUGUGCAGAGCUCUGGAGGACUGGUAUUUAAGAGUCUGGACAGGGACAUGUUUGAUGCUGAGCCCAUGAGGGAGCUGAGUGGACGCAGGCCUCUGGUCUGUACUGAGUUCCAGGGACAGAGGGUCAUACUCAAGGUAACCCCUUUCUCACACACCUUUUUAGGGUUGCGUCCCAAAUAGCACCCUAUUGUCUAUAUAGUGCACUACUUUUGACCAGAGGCCCAUAGAGCUCUGGUCAAAAGUUGUGCACUAUAUAGGAAAUAUGGUGCCAUUUGGGAGGAAACCUUACAGGUUAAAAAAACAUAGUGUAUAUGUGAAACUCUCUGUCAGGCCCAAAUGUGAGCCAACAUUUUGAAACCAAAUGAAUGUUCUUUUUGAACAUGUUCCUGUAUUACUGCUCCUGUUUUUUAAAGACGUUUGAUCACAUUUAGUUCCAACUGAAAGAGACCCUGCUCUUUUGACGGAGGUUUAGUUGUUAUCCUUAUUGGUGGUUUGUCUGGUUUCCCUUUCAGGGUUACACUGUAAAUGAGGAGGCAGAGGCCAGAGUGCUGGAGAGAACCACCCAGUUUCACCGAACCAGAACGCAGAGGGAGAGUCAGCCUGACACUGGAAUACUCCCUCUUCUGGCACUGUUCUUUGGCAAGGUACUGCUCUCAGCAUCUCUGUCUCGACCCAGUAACCUAAGCUUCAUAUACAGUGCAUUCGGAAAGUAUUCAGACCCCUUUACAUUUUCCACAUUUUGUUACAUUACAGCCGUAUUCUAAAAUUGAUUAAAUAAAUAAAAAUCCUCAGCAAUUUACACACAAUUCCCCAUAAUGACAAAGCAAAAAAAGAAAAGAAAACUUUGUUACAUAAGCAUUCAGACCUUUGCUAUGGUUCAUCCUGUUUCCAUUGAUCAUCCUUGACAUUUCUACAACUUGAUUGGAGUCCACCUGUGGUAAAUUCAAUUGAUUGGACAUGAUUUGGAAAGGCACACACCUGUUGACAGGACAUGUCAGAGCAAAAACCAAGCCAUGAGGUCGAAGGAAUUGUCCGUAGCGCUCCGAGACAGGAUUGUGUCGAGGCACAGAUCUGGGGAAGGGUACCAACACAUUUCUGCAGCAUUGAAGGUCCCCAAGAACUCAGUGGCCUCCAUCAUUCUUAAAUGGAAGAAGUUUGGAACAACAAAGACACUUCCUAGAGCUGGCCGCCCGUGCAAACUGAGCAAUCGGGGGAGAAGGGCCUUGGUCAGGGAGGUGACCAAGAACCCAAUGGUCUCUCUGACAGAGCUCUAGAGUUCCUCUGUGGAGAUGGGAGAACCUUCCAGAAGGACACCCAUCUCUGCAGCACUCCACCAAUCAGGCUUUUAUGGUAGAGUGGCCAGACGGAAGCCACUCCUCAGUAAAAGGCAUGUGACAGCCCGCUUGGAGUUUGCCAAAAGGCACCUAAAGGACUCUCAGACCAUGAGAAACAAGAUUCUCUGGUCUGAUUUGUAUUUGUAUUUAUUAAGGAUCCCCAUUCUUCCUGGGGUCCUGCAACAUUAAGGCAGUUAUAUACAAUUUAAAAUAUUACAUGACAUUAUAUUUCAUAACACUUUACCCAAUACAUUUAGUGUGUUCCCUCAGGCCACUACUCCACUAUCACAUAUUUACAAUACAACAUCCAUGUAUGUGUGUAGAGUGAGUGUCUAUAUGUAUGUGUGUGACGAAACCAAGAUUAAACUUUUUGGCCUGAAUGCCAAGCGUCACGUCUGGACGAAACCUGGCACCAUCCCUACGGUGAAGCAUGGUGGUGGCAUCAGCAUGCUGUGAGGAUGUUUUUCAGCGGCAGGGACUGGGAGACUAGUCAGGAUCGCGGGAAAGAUUAACGGAGCAAAGUACAGAGAGAUCCUUGAUGAAAACCUGCUCCAGAGCACUAAGGACGUCAGACUGGGGUGAAGGUUCACCUUCCAACAGGACAACGACCCUAUGCACACAGCCAAGACAAUGCAGGAAUGGCUUCGGGACAAGUCUGUGAAUGUCCUUGAGUGGCCCAGCCAGAGCCCGGACUUGAACCCGAUUGAACAUCUCUGGAGAGACCUGUAAAUAGCUGUGCAGCGACGCUCCCCAUCCAACCUGACAGAGCUUGAGAGGAUCUUGAGAGAAGAAUGGGAGAAACUCCCCAAAUACAGGUGUGCCAAGCUUGUAGCGUCAUACCCUAGAAGACUCAAGGCUGUAAUCACUGCCAAAGGUUAUUCAACAAAGUACUGAGUAAAGGGUCUAAAUACUUAUGUAAAUGUAAUAUUUCAGUUCUUUAUUUUUAAUACAUUUGCAAAAAUGUCUAAACCUGUUUUUGCUUUGUCAUUAUGGGGUAUUUUGUGUAGAUUGAGGGUGGGGGGGUGGAACUAUAGCUCCGCAUUGACAUGAUUGGUUGACGGUAGGUGGGGGCGGUACGUCCUGUAUAAACACAAACUCACUUCCUUCACAAUAGCUCUGCUAAGCGCAAGAAUCAUGAAAGCCCUGAAGUCUUGUGGAGGCUGCAUCACAGUAAAUGCUGUAUGGCCACUUCAGAUGUCGGAUUGACCAUGCAGAGCCUUUUAAAGAGGUCUGUGUUCUCCAUUUGUCAUGAUGUAUGUUUUAGUACGAACCCUUCUCUUUCAGUCAGACCCUCUUGCCUAUGUGAUGGUGCCAUACUUCCCCAAUGGAAGUCUCUGGGCUGUUCAGGCUGCCAAACCCCUAACUGCCACAGUGAGUUUUCUCUGCUACCUUCUCCAUAUUUUAUGGUUAGGGUUACAAAAUUCUGUUAACUUUCCCAAAAUUUCCCAGGUUUCCAGAAAUCUCGGUUUGAGGAUUCCUGGACUUUCCUUCUGAUUCCGGGAAUCUUCUAACCGAGUUUUCUUGAAAAUCGGGCAAUUUUGGAACCCUAUUCACGUGUCCUUGUUUUGUGAUAGUAUAGCACAUUGACCUACUGUCCCGUCUCUCCCAUCAGGAGAGUGUGAAGGUGAUGAGAGGAGUGGCCAGGGGGCUCCAGGCCCUCCAUGCUGCAGGCAUCACCCAUGCCUCCCUCAACCCCAACAACGUGUUCGUCCUCCACCGACACCAAGGCAUGGUGGGAGACUACGACUUCACAAAGACUCCUGUGAGUACCCUGUCCUCAACCCUAACUUACCACACACCUCUCUCGUCAAACAAAAAAAAGUUAUUCCCCCCUCCAUUUUAAAUACACUGUAUCUCAUGCACCAUGGUUUCUUUUACACCUGUCUGAAUGAUUGCCAUGUAUGGUUGUUUCAUGGUUUGAUGUUGAUUCCAGGUGCAGAGGGCAAUGGACAGUGGGAUGGUGACCGGCUCUAUCAGCCUGGUGGCCCCAGAGCUCCGCCAGGCCCAAGGCACACCUCCUACUCCAGCCUGUGACUUGUACUCCUACGGCUGCCUGCUGUUCUGGGUAGAACACCUUCAUGUUGCCCUCUCCGUAGAUCAGCCCAGGUCUCUGUGUAAAAUUAGAUGGAGGGUUCUACAGCCCAUGGUCAAGCAGCUUUGGGACAGAGUGGAUACAGCAGGAAUGUAUGUGUUUUUAAGGGGUUUCGGGAGAAGCUCUUGACAUGUCAUACAGGAGAAAGCAUUUUCAAAAGUUAAUUGAUAACGUUGAAUAUUGAUCGGGAGAAACUCUAGAAGAUGUGAACAAUAGACUUAUUAAAAAUAAGCACUCAGUAAGCAGUUGGGUCCAUACCAUUAUUUUGUGGCAUCAAUAACUCUCUGUUUGCAGCUGCAUGCCCAAGGGUUCAACGGUGAUCUGGAUAGUGGAAGAAGACUGGCCCUGGAUAUCAGCGGGGUGAAACUGGUCAGUAGCCCUGAUAGCCUUUUCAUGCUUUAAUACAUUUAGAAUGCAUUUUAUUUUUGCUCCCAAACUGCAGGUCUACCAUGUGUAAUUGAGAAUAAUACAUGUCAUUUGUAACACGCUUUCCAUUGAAAGACAAUCACACAGUGCUAAAAUGAUGUUGUCCUCUUUGCCAGGAGGCCAAACUCCAGGCCCUGCUGUCUAAGCUGCUGGUGUGUGUUGGAAGACUGACUGCUGCUGAGACCCUGGCUGAUGACUACUUCCUGUCUGACCAGUAA